AUGAAUCCACCUGACUUGUCCCAGCAGUUUACCACAACCGUUACCAGCACUGUCAUUGGCGUCUCGACAGUUUUUACCAAAUCCAUCUCAUACAUUACACAGCGCAUUUCCGUAUCGAACGAGCGACAGCAGUGCACGAAAUGCACACCAGUCAACAACACUUAUAAGGAGCCCUCGCUUGACCCAGAUUCAAUUGCGUUCUGGUUUAUUACCAUCGCUGUAGUCGCCUUUUCCCUGGGUUGCUGGUUCUCAACGCUUCUUCAUGACGAAGAGCAACCUGAGUUAGCUGCUCCUCAACGGAAGGGAACAGAAGCUGGUCAGAAGACUAAUGUCAUGACCGGGGCUCGAAGUGAAUAUGAUCGGACAUCCAGUGCUAUACCGUUCCUAAGGCAAUACAACAAGACACUGAAAGCCUCAAGAAAUGUUGCGGUAUCGGUUGGUCCGUACAAGGUCUGACUGUGCCCCUGACAGACUACCCUAGUCUAGUGUGUGACAGGUCACUGGUCUGAGGUCAGGUAUAUAGUCGUCAUCUCCCAGCUGGGUAGCAAUUCAGCGCAAUAUUCCAUCGAUCCGAUAGUACUACGUUAUCGUUUACCGUAGCUAUCAGUGUACUACAGCGGACCACGCCGCUACAA